AUGAUCUGUUUUAAACUGAAGUGGGCUGAAGGAGGUCUGUGUGUUCUGCAGGAGGUGGAUUUGAUCAGGAGCAUCCAGGCUCUCCUGAAGAGAACUACAGCUCAGGUCAUCAUGCAGAUCAAGAUGAACCGAGAGGCCCAGCAGACUUUAGAGAUGGACUGGUCUGAUAAGGUCCAGGCCUACAGCUUCGAUGACCACAGUGGGAGACACGGUAACUCGAGCCCAGACACACAGCGGCACCCCAGCUCAGCCACCUUGCAGGAGCAGGUUUGCACCCCGUCGUCGUGGACGAAGUUUACGCAGGACAACCUGUCCAAGGCCAUGGAGGAGGAGCAGGCCACCAACAGCCUCAGGAUGUUUGUGGAGCGAAUGCUGCAGGACACCACCGAUGAUCUGAGAGACCAGUGCUCCAUCGUGGACGCAGCCUUCAGCCAGCGCUGUGAGGAACUCAUCGAGGCCAAGACCGAGCUGGAGAUGAAACUGGCUCAGAUUUUGGAGCAAAUUGGAGCCCAGGAGAAAAACAUUGUGGCUCUGCAGCAGGCCAUCCACAACAAAGAGGCUCCGCUGAGAGUGGCCCAGUCCAGGCUUUACCUCCGCUCCCUCAGGCCCAACAUGGAGCUCUGCAGGGAUCCACCCCAGCUCAGUUUGGAAGGAGAGGCGAGGCAGAUCGACGCCACCACGGCGUCUCUGAGCCAGAAGCUGAGCGAAGCCAGGAGCUCCCUGUCCCACCUGGAGGAGUCCAGGAUGGCACUUGAGAAGGACAUAAACUGUAAAACCCACUCGCUGUUUAUCGACAGGGAGAAGUGCAUGUCGCACCGUAAACGAUACCCCGCAAUCUCGGUACUGACCGGCUACUAA